AUAAACAGCACCUGCCAGAGGGAGGAGGUGCACUAACCACACCAGCGUAUCUCGUGCUCUAGCUCGCCGGACGCAAGUUGUUCAUGUUGGCGGAUCGUCUCUUAUUUUGGGCGAAUAUUUUGCCGUUUCUCACAGAACAGAUCGACCUUUUCUUGAAGUACAUGACAUGUACGAGUAUCAUCCUCUCUCCUGGUGAAAUAUCAAAGCGUUUGGACGCAUUUUGGUGGGCGAACUGACUGAUCUUUGUUUGGAAGUUCAUGCUUGGAUUAUCGCCUUUAUCAAUGUUGGCCUCUCAUCGCAUUCAUUCACACACACACAGUAGGCCGUGCGAUUGUAAAGGACAAUCCAUCUAAAACUCCUCUUUUCCUGAGAAAAGUGGCUACUCGCUCGCAGUUUGCUUUGUCGUAUCGUAAGUUCUGGAGUAGCUACAAAUACGAAAAUUGGCAGGGAGUAAGGAGGAAGGUCUGGAUAAGACGCAUAUUUAUGCCAAGAUGAACGAGGUGGAUCGAGAAGUCCAACAGCAACCGCAGCAGCAUGCCGUGGCUGGCGGUGGUCGACGGGGGAAUAGUUCCGCUGCUGCAGCUGCUGCUGUCGCUGCUGCCGUGGCCGCAAAUCGAGAGCAGCAGACCACUUCCCAACAAGAUCGCGACCAGAAAUCCAACAACACAGGAAAGUGGACAAGCGAAACGUAUGCCAAGAGUACCAGAAGGAUUCAGAAAGAACUAAGGCAAAUAAUGUUGGAUCCCCCUCCAAAUUGCAGGUAAUUUUUUGAUUUUCCCCAAAAAUAUAGAUCUAGGCCUAGUUCUUGAUUUUCCCAGAAAAAAAUUGGCUAUUCCUUCCUCCAUGAUAUUGUAAGCUGGCCUAAAAUGGAUACCGCAUCACUGCAAUGUGUAAAAUGUAUUGAUUUGUUUAUCUAAGCAGGUUUUAAUCGAGGACCCUAGCAAUUUGUUGUAGAGCUGAAUUUUGGAUCGGAGUUUUGUUUAGUUCGACCAUAGUUUGACUUGAGACAUCUUUGAUACUUUUGAAUUGCGAUUUUUGGUCCACAAAUUAAUACGUUAUUGACCCCAUUUUCGUUCUUUGGUUGAGAAAUUUUACUUUGUUGACCCUAUGCACCAAACACGUGCAAAAAAUUUGUCAUGAAAAUAAUUUUUUUUGUUCUACAAAGAAGUAAAGUUGUGUGAUAAGGCAAUAUGCUCUUUGAUGCAUUGAUUGUUCAAUACUGUUGAAAUUGGAAGAUUACGAUUCAAUAUUUGGACAAUUUGGUUGAGAAAUUUUACGUUUAUUAUUGACCCUUUGCACCAAACACGUGCAAAAAUUUGUCAUAAAAAUCAAUUUUUAUUUUACAAAGAAGUAAAGUUGUGCGAUAAGAAUAUGGCCUUAUGAUUUGUGCAUUGAUUCUUCAAUACUGUUGAAAUUGGCAGAUCACAAUUCAAUAUUUGGACAGUUUGAAAGAGAAACUCGAUCGGCAGCAGUACUACCAGGAAAUUUGGUUAAUCUUUUUAGUUGCUGAAAAUGUAUGUUACAUAUCUGCUGUGAGAGUGCUUGAAC